UUCCUUUUAUAUGUUGGUGUAACAAUAAACAAAUAUCAAACGGCCAAUCGGUGUUUUGGUUUUUUCGUCCGUUAUAACUAAGCGUUUCUGAAAUCUUCGAAGAACAGCGUGGGCCCGAGCGUAGCGAGAGCUGGGCAUUAACGGUUUAUGAGACGUGGCUGACAGUUUCUGACGGCAGAAACAGAUCUGGCGGAUUCAAACAGUUGGUGAAAGUUUGGAUAGUCGCCGUUCAUUUUUCCUGGUGCCGGUCAAGUCCUCUUUGAACAAGCAAUAUCUGGAACAUUUUUGGAAUUGGGUCAAGUUCAACAAUGCCUGGGUCAAAGAAGGGACAGAGUGUCUUGGAAGCAAACAAAAAAAGUAAGUCAUGGUGACUUGUAUGUUACUUGUAACGAUGUGUCUGAUGUUAAGCAUGACAUGGUUGAUAUUACUGUUUCGCCGUUCAGGGAUAAUAGGAACAUCAAACUCCCUAAAUUAGAACCACGGUGUUUUGAUGGAAACCCGGCCGAUUAUUUACAGUUUGUUAAGGCGUUUGAGAUCAUGUUGAGUGGUUUUUUAUUAAAUGAUGAAUUGAAGUUAAUGUAUUUGAUGAGGUAUUGCACUGGAGAUGCUGCAAGAGCUAUACAGUGCUGUAAGCUCAUGACCCCUAAUGAGGGAUACGCUGAGGCUAUGGGCAUACUACGUCAAAGGUUUGGAAGACCUUCAAUGAUUGUAGGGAAAUUAUUCGAGGCUGUAAAGGGUAAUGGUGGUCAAUUACAGGAUGACUCCCAGGCACUUAUUGAGAUUUUGGAUAAUUUGCUAAUUUACAAGAAUGGAAUGAUUUCGAUGAAUCACAUGAGUGACCUCAACUAGAGUUUUAUACUAGAAGUAAUAGCAAGACGUCUACCUACUCGACUGCAAAGGAAGUGGGUGAAGAUAAGAUCCCGUAUGGAGCCAAAGUUUGAUGAUAUCCUGAAACUGGUAAAUACUAGUGUCAAUCAAUCUAUGAGCAAGUUCGCUAGUCUACUACAUCUCACCACUAGAAUAGAGCAGUCUGAGCGUAAAACGCAAUCAUUGAUGACGAAAGGGCCUCAGAGUG